AUUUGUGUACAUAAUUAUAGGCACCAGAUAUGUUUCUGCAUUUGUAUAUAUAUCAGUUUCUUGUACAGAAUGAAUCAAGGGAAUACAAUUGAGUAUUUUCCAAUACACCAUCCUCUUCUUCUUUACUUCUACAAACAAUCCUCUUACCAUCAGAUGAGAAUACAUUGUGUUUGCAACCCACUUCAAUUAAAUGCUACGAAAUGCUUCCUUUGCUCAAAACUGGGGGCAAUGUACAGCGUUAAUGCAAGCUCUUGCCUUUCGAAAUGAAGUCCCAUUGGAACUUCUUAAAGUGACUGCAUUAGGGACAAAAGAAGAAAACUUAAUUGAGGAGACAGGUAAAGGGCUAGCCUGUUUUGCUCAGUCCUUAAAUAUACCCUUCUCAUUCAAAACCGCAAUGGUGACACACAUGAAAGAUAUCAAUGAAGACAUGUUUGAGAUAGAAGAUGGUGAAGUUGUAGCCAUCUACUCUUAUUUGGUUCUUUGUCAUUUGGUAGGACAACCUGAUUGCUUGGAAGCUCUAAUAAGAGUUCUUAAGAAAUAAAUCCAUGUGUUUUGGUGGUAACGGAACGUGAGGCAAAUCAUAGUUAACCCAUUUUCGUGGAACGGUUUUUGGAAGCAUUAUCUUCACCUGGUGUUCUUUUCAAUUCCUUUGAAGAUACUAUGGAUUGGAGUGAUCAAAACAGGUUUGUAAUAUUAAAGCAACAUACUUUGCACGAAGUAUAAAAGAUGUUGUUGCAG